CAUCUCAAGCAAUCGAUAUCUGGCCGGGGCCAGACGACUUGAGCCACUGGUCUUGGAAUCAAUACAAGAAAUACGUCACUACAAGCCUCGACAGCUUCGGCUCCGGUAUCACACAGAUGGCCCUUCAGCUGUAUAACCUGACGAAUGCCACAGAUGCAGGAAACACGCCAGAGUUGGUGUACACGACAAUGGUGACCGACCUUCGUGUAGCCUGUCCAGUGGCGAACAUGGCUUCCAACCUGGCGAUGGCGUUCCAGUCGCCUGUCUACCGAUACGUGUCGGAAAUCCGCCCGUCCAAGCCGGUGAAGAUAUUAGGUCACGAGGCGCCAUACAGCCUGCACCCGUGGACGCUCGUGGCGUUCUUUGGCCUUCAGGGCCACUUUCUGGGAGAAGGUGAUGGUGAUGGCACUCUGCAAGAACCCGAGCUGGCUCUUCGCGACGUUGUCCGAGAAAUGGCACUGCAGUUUGUGCGCUCUGGUGGCCGGUCAGUGCCCGUGGCAGACUGGAUGAGGUAUCCGAAGACGGUUUCGCUGCUUCGAGGUGCCAACGCCACGUGGGAGGUAGUGCCAACCACCUCAUAUAAGAAGACCGAGUGCAAAUUCUGGACCUCGGAGGGACUGACCCAGUAUGCGUGGAUAAGCUAAGCGUUCCAAGCUCGAGCCCUGUACUAUAAUACACCGUCCGGAUUUGUUAGACGACGGGUGAGAAAAGUUGGUGCCGAUGAUUUUCUGUGCAGUAUAAUUUGUGUGCUUGCUGCCCCAUCCAAACAACUUCGGGCUCCGGAAAGUGGCGGUGUACGACUUCUGAAACAACUGCCAUGUACAUGCAGGUGUGGAGAAUAUGCCACAACAGAAAUACGUCUACAUGGUUUUAUUCAACCGUGUUCAAAGAAUGAAGUGCAAAUUACAAACUUCUCAACAGGAAACCUCAGUUGAAUGCUGAACAGUAAAAGCCAUCUUUAA